AUGACCCAAUGGAGACCCCGGUAUCUCCGCCUCAACCGCAACUCCACCCUCACCCUGGAUACCCGGCCACGCCACCGCAGCGCCGGGCCCUGCGAGGAGGACUGGCCCGCCUAUUUGUCGUUAUCGCAGCAAUCCGCGGAGGGUGCGGAGGAACAGAGCAGCGCUGCGCUCGACCGCCGCUGCUGGGAGGUGGGGCAGCCCACGGCAGCGGCCACCCGGCUAGAGCGGUGGCGGGCGGCGGGCGUCGUCAGCCAGGAGACACUGGAUUUAACCUGUAGAAAAACCCCGUGCUUUGUGAAAUUCUCAAAGAUGGAAAAAAUGGCAAACAUUCAAGCUGAAAUCAAUGAGAAGAAACUGCAAGCAGAAAUUCUGCAGCUGGAGAAGGAGACGGCAGACAUUGCUCACCCUUUUUACUUGGGCAAAAAAUACGAGAUUUUGCAAGAUAUGAACAGACACUUGGAAGCUGUACUGAAACAGAAGAGGGCUCUUAAAAAGAGAUUGAUGAAGCCCAGAUGUCAAGAGAGCCUACCUAUUGAGGUUACUUUCCACAAGUAUAUGGUAGAGUUGUUGGCUGAGGCUGUCACUUUCAUUGAGAAGCUUGAAAGACAUUUGGAGAUCGUAAGAAGCAUCCCUCAGAUACCGGACAUCGUGAAAAAUAUGGAAACUACUUUGACAAAAGCAGAGGUGCUCGCGAUGGAGUUGGAGGAGCUGGCAGAGCAAAUAUUGAAGUGGAGAGAACUGCAAAAAGAAGCUUUUUCUGACAGCAUCUGCAGUACUGCUGAAUUGGACUUUGGCUUAUCUUUAACCUAA